UGAGUCCAAUUCGAAACAUCUUUUUCGGGUUGGCCGGUCAGGCAGCCGAAGGAAAAGAGGGAACGAUGGUACAAAACAGCUGGCCACUGAACGGAACUACGCGAAAGAAGAAUGUUGCGCGUUAUUAGCGCUGCAGUUCGAGGCAUCGUGUCACAUGCGACUGUAGGAAAUGUUGGUACUCUUCUACUCAAAGAAUAUCCGAAACUUAUUACAAAUAUUACCCAAAAUAGAUCCUCCUCUUUUUUAUCUACGCAGACAUGGUUUAAUAUAAACAGAGUAAAAGAGAAAACAUCGAUUAAUUGUGCAGUAAUACCACAUGGAAAUAUUAUCUCUCUGCAAGAUACAUUAAUUACUCCAAAAAGGACCUUAACAAAGUUUUCUUUGAAGAAAGGAAAAAGAAAGACUGUUAAAACAGUUAUCAAAAGAUUUUAUAGGCUAAAUUGGGGUAUAUGGAUAAGAAGAUAUGUUGCACAUGACAAACAUAUGUGGAGAAAAACAGAAGGUAGAAAGCGUAGAUUACGUCAGCAUAUUUUCACAAAUGGUACACAGUCUUGGUUACUUGAUACAAUGGUAACCAAGUAUUGGAGACGACCAAAAUUCUAUAUUGAUGAUCCUUACAAUCCAUAUCACAAAAGAGAAGAAUUCAGAAUAACACGAAAAAAACCUUUAGAUUAAAUUAUUUAUUUUAGACUUAUUGAAUAUUAAAUCAAUUCUGAUUUAUCUUAUAAAAUAUUAUAGAAUAUGUUACAGAGAAAAAGAAAUUAUAUCAAAAGCAAAUCAUUAAAAUAUUUUCAUAUUGACAAAAGUCAGUUUUUGCUGACUUUUGUCAAUUCCCAAAGACGCUGAACAUUUGAAAAAAAAAUAAGUUCACAAAAUAUCACAAGAUGGCGAUAGUAAAAAAAAUCCAAUUUUACAAUUUGUGAACUUAUAUUGAUCCUUACUAUAUACGAAAUUGCCUAAAUUUUAUUAGUCGCUCAUAGUUUAUACAAUUUAAUCGAUUUAAGAGAAAGACAAUCUUUCCACAUAAUUAAAUACUAAUAUCAAUAAUACGUAACAGUUCAAUAAAAUAACAUUAAAAUUUAUCCACAUAUUCAACAAUAAUCUUGCGAAUAGAAAAUUAUACGAGAUUGUUUCUAAAUAAAAGAAAAAAGGUGUAUGAUCCUAGAA